UGAAUACCAUGGAUAACAGUCUGACUAAAGGCUCCCAUAGUGGACAGUCGUGCCGCGGAUUGAACCGCAUAUAUAUAUAUAUAUAUAUAAUUACGUCUAGAUUUCUGAACUUGAAAAAGUUAUAAGGACAGAUUUUUACAGAAAUUUAUUGUGCGAAUAAAUAAGAAAAUUUAAAAUAAAUCGUAGAGAAGUAUAUGCUAGCUAUACAUAAGUCAAAAAAAGUAAAAACAAAGAACAUAAUUGUCCGAAACGAUUCACAAUCUGUAUGCAACAAUAAGUGCAUAACAAAAGAAAACGUAACACUUAUAUUCUUGGGUAAAAGCAUUACAAUCCAAAUAGCGAAAUAUGGAGUUGCAAAUGACUGAACGUUUACAUCCUCAAGAUGGAGAACAACAAACAAAGAAAUUGGAGAUAAUCCACGGCACUAAAUCAUCACUGCAUGAUACUUCGGGAGUACUUAAGAAAGCACAAUGGAGCCCUUUGUUAGCAUUAGUGGGAUUUGCUACUACUCUCGGUGCUGCGGUUCCAGUGGGUUACUGUAUUGGUGUUAUCAAUGCGCCGGCAUCGAUUGUAAAGGUUUGGUGUAAUGAGACUUUACACCAUCGUUACGGUUCUAAUCUGAGUGCUUCUGGUUUAGAUUUGCUCUGGUCAUCUGUGGUAUCUAUUUUCUUGAUAGGCGGAGCUGUUGGCUCACUUGGAGGAGCUAAAGCAGCCAAUAAAUUUGGCAGAAAAGCUUGUUUUCUAAUAAGCGGUGGACUUUUUACGUUUGGCGCAAUUCUUUUCUUCUUUUGUCGUGCGGCUGGCUCCGUAGAAAUGCUCUUCCUGGGUCGUUUGAUAGUUGGUCUCGCCUCUGGUCUAACCACAGCCAUACUACCAAUGUAUCUCACAGAGAUCGCACCACUAGCGUUACGAGGAACUUUUGGGGUCUUGUGUUCGAUGGGUGUGACCGGUGGCGUUGUGGUAGGACAGGUCUUUAGUUUGCGCUACAUUUUUGGCACGGAGGAGCUAUGGCACUAUGCACUAAGCUUUUACAUCAUUUUAGUGGCUGUAUGCUUCUUGCCUGCUUACUAUUUUCCAGAAAGCCCAAAAUACCUUUACAUAGUGCGUAACGAUCAUGAGCUGGCUCGCAGUGAACUUCGUCGCUUAUGCAAAGGACCCAAUGCGGCCCUUGUGAUUAAGCAUGAAAUUGAUGAGAUGGAAGUAGAAAUGAAUACUAAAGUACAAACCUGUAGCUUCUUUUCGGUGCUUAGAGACCCGACUCUGUUGUUGCCAUUGAUCAUUGUAUGCUCGUUCCAUGGUGGUCAACAAUUGUCUGGAAUAAAUGCGAUAUUCUACUAUUCGGUAUCAAUAUUUGAGAAAGCUGGUCUUUCUACAGCUGAUGCGGAAUGGGCGAAUUUGGGUGCUGGCUGCCUGAAUUUGUGUGUGGCCUUUUUAGGGCCCAUGCUUAUGUCAAAGCUGAAUCGUCGCCCAGUGAUGAUGUUCUCUAGCGGAAUUUGUUCUGUCUUCCUUUUUACUAUCGCGUUUGUUUUGUAUUUUAUCGAUACUACAAGCUGGUUUCCGAUUCUCUGUAUUGUGUGUAUUAUGGGAUAUAUCUUCUUUUAUCAAAUGGGCUUGGGACCUAUACCAUACUUCAUUGGCUCAGAACUCUUCGAAGUCGCACCCCGUUCGGUGGCAAUGUCGAUGGGCAGCUUAUCAUCUUGGAUAUGCAAUUUCACUGUCGGCAUGACCUUCCCAUCGCUGCAGAAUGCAUGGGGAGCUUUCGUAUUCCUGCCAUUCUGCAUAACAUGCCUGCUGCUCUUCCUGCUAACAAAGUUCUAUUUACCAGAAACACGUGGGCGCGAUCCGUCUGAGGUUGCGCCGUUGGUCGCCAAGGGUUUCCGCUCAAAAGUGAACUAAGCCAUGAACACAUUAGCUGGCGGCGUGCUCAUCGUGAUAAAUGAACUGAUAUACAAAUUGGUGUUUAUAUUAGAUAAGUAGCAAAUUUUUUAUUGUAAAGUUCGAUCGAGUAUAUGAAGUUGAAAUGAAUCAUGUAAUACAUAUGUAUAUAAUCGCGCACAAUGUUUUUUUAGCAAAAGGUGUUAAGUUUUAAUAAACCAUAAUUCUAUAAACGAAGAGAA